GCAAGGAAUAUCAUUCCGUCGCAAAUUUGCAAGGAACUUAUUUCCGUCGCAAAUUUGCGAGGAAAUCAAUUCCGUCGCAAUUUUGCAAGGAAUAUCAUUCCGUCGCAAAUUUGCAAGGAAUUUAUUUCCGUCGCAAAUUUGCGAGCGUUUUGCGAGUGAUUUUCAUUUGCGACGAGCGAUUUGCGAGGGAACGUUGUUUCUCGCAAAACCCUCGCAAUAAGCGAUUUGCAACGGAAUUGCGAUGCAGUUUUCCCUUGCAACUGACGUGUUUUCUUGUAGUGCAAGCAGAAAAAGUGAAAAACAAUAUUUUAGUUAAUUUAUCGAUCGAACGUUUAACUAGGGACUUAUAGACCCAGUAGGGGUGGAUCUAUAAGUCCAUUCGGGUUGAGCAAAACUAGGGGUGGGCAUAUCGGUUCGGUUGGGUUCGGUUUGGGUUCGGUUUGAUUUGGUUAAUUUGGAUUUUAUAAAACUCAACUCAAUUAAAACCAAAGUAGUUUUGGUUUGGAUUCGGUUUGGAUUUAGUUUGGUUCGGUUUAGUUUGGUUUCGUUUAGAUUUAGUUUGGUUUUCUUUAAAAGUCUAUGAAACACAAAACAAUUUAAAGUUCGAUGACAAAACUCUUAACCACGUCAAAGGAAGAAAUACAUAAUAAGCAAAGACCAGACUAUUUGUAAUCUAAUUAGCAAACAAAGACUUGUAAGCAUUCCAAAGCCUAUUAACUAAAAGACUAUUUGCAUCUACCUUUUUGUUUUUAUUGAUACUAUAAUAUCUUUGUUACAUAAUUUAGAGAAUGAAAAUUGGAGAAGAUGAACGAAACAAGAUGGCUACGAUUUAGAUGCUUAUAGUUUUUAGGUUUUGUUUUCAGUACAAUCUUUAGGUAUUAGGAUUAUUUGAAUCAUAUUUGGAUUUUUUUUGAAAAUAUAUGGAAACUAAGAAAAAAUGGAAAACGAAACUUUAACUAAAAUUUAUAAUAUGUUAACAAAUAUAUAUAUAUUAGAUUAUUGGUUUGGUUUUAUUUGGUUCGGUUUGAACCCAAACCAAACCAAACCAUUUGGGUUGAGCAAAACAUGAACCAAUUGGGUUAUGUAAAGAGCACGGUUUGGUUUGGAUCGGUUUAACUUCGGUUGGUUUGGUUUGGAUCGGUUCGGUUUGGGUUUUUUGCCCACCCCUACCCUUGUUAAUCAAACUCGACAUAUACAAGCAAAGUUAUUAUUUUCUUAAAAACUAUUAUUAAUCCUGUAUUGCCAAAUCAUCCAUCAAAUAUAUAUAUUUCCACCGUCCCCCUCCCAAGGAAUAUGCGAAAUUUCCAACGUUAUAUAUAUGCUACGAAAAAUUAUUCGGAAAACCUGAAAGAGCUAAAAGCAAAAAGGCUUGAGAAGAACAAGACGCACGUUUUGGGUCAAGAAGAACGAGUCUUCUUCUCCCGUUUAUUGGGAACAAUAAUGGCUCACCAUAAUGAAGACGAAGGGUCUAUUGGGACUUCCAUGCAUGGAGUCACGGCGAGGGAACAAGUUUUCUCCUUCUCUGUCCAAGGAGAAGAUGAUGGCCCGUCAUCCCAUACCGUCGGUUUUGAUGAUCCAACAGCUAAGUUUGCCCUGCCGGUUGACUCAGAACACCGAGCAACAGCGUUCAAACCAUUUUCAUUUGCGAAGCCACACAUGAGAGCUUUCCACUUAGGAUGGAUAUCUUUCUUCACUUGCUUUAUAUCCACAUUUGCCGCCGCACCUCUGGUUCCUAUCAUCAGAGAUAACCUCGAUUUGACCAAAAGUGAUAUUGGAAACGCAGGAGUCGCUUCCGUUUCCGGUGCCAUUUUCUCAAGGCUCGCUAUGGGAGCUGUUUGUGACUUGCUCGGGGCUAGGUACGGAACGGCGUUUCUGCUAAUGCUAUCCGCCCCAACAGUGUUUAGCAUGUCCUUUGUAUCUGAUGCUGGUGGCUACUUAUCCGUCCGGUUCAUGAUUGGUUUUUGUCUAGCCACGUUUGUGUCUUGUCAGUACUGGACCAGCGUGAUGUUCAACGGUAAGAUCAUUGGACUCGUCAAUGGAUGUGCUGGUGGCUGGGGAGACAUGGGAGGAGGCGUAACUCAGCUACUCAUGCCGAUGGUUUUCCACGUCAUCAAACUCGCUGGAGCCACUCCCUUCACGGCCUGGAGGAUUGCGUUCUUCAUUCCCGGAUUUCUUCAGGUCAUCAUGGGUAUUCUUGUGCUCACUCUUGGACAAGAUCUUCCUGAUGGAAACCUAAGUACUCUACAGAAGAGAGGAGAGGUUUCCAAAGACAAAUUCACCAAGGUGUUUUGGUAUGCUGUUUUGAACUAUAGAACAUACGUUUUGUUCCUUCUCUAUGGAUUUUCCAUGGGAAUCGAAAUGACCAUCAACAAUGUUAUCUCCGAGUAUUUCUUCGACAGGUUUCAGCUUGAACUACACACUGCUGGUAUGAUAGCAGCCAGCUUUGGUAUGGCUAACUUCUUCGCUCGUCCGCUUGGUGGAUACGCAUCUGACAUUUCUGCUAGGUUUUUCGGUAUGAGAGGGCGGUUAUGGACCCUUUGGAUCUUACAAACUUCUGGUGGUAUUUUCUGUGUUUGGCUCGGCCGUGCUACUUCACUUCCUAUAGCUAUUUUAUCCAUGAUGCUCUUCUCCGUGGGCGUGCAAGCAGCUUGUGGGGCCAUCUUCGGGAUCGUUCCUUUUGUCUCCCGCCGCUCUCUAGGGCUAAUAUCUGGAUUGACCGGCGCAGGAGGAAAUUUUGGGUCGGGGCUAACUCAAUUGAUCUUUUUCUCUUCAUCCAAAUUCCAUGCUGCCGAUGGUUUGUCGCUAAUGGGAAUCAUGGGGAUGAUUUUUACACUUUUAGUUGCGUUUAUACAUUUUCCGCAAUGGGGAAGUAUGUUUUUUGGACCAACAAGUGACGAGAAAAAAUCAAAGGAAGAGCACUAUUAUGCGGCAGAGUGGACUGAGGAAGAGAAACGGCAAGGAUUGCAUGAAGGUAGCCUUAAAUUUGCAGAAAAUAGUCGAUCUGAAAGAGGCAGAAAGGCGGCUUCAGACGGAUCCUCCCCCUCCACGCCGCCUGAAAAUGGAAAUCCGGCUCAUGUUUAAUCACAUGGAAUUGUAUUUUCUUCUCCACUGCACACACACAUUACACAAAUAUGGUGAGGCAUAUUACCAUUUAUUAUUGUUCAUUUUGAUAUGGGCUAUGCUUUGGUGUUUCAUAGUGUUAUAUAUAUAUAUAUAUAUAAGGAGCACAAGUCUAGUUAAUAUGAUUACUUGAAGUUUCAUAUACUAUGCAAUUCAAAAUUAAUUUGCGUGGCUGGUUUCUUGUUUGAUAUAAAGUUUGUAUUUUGCACCACUAAUACCUUUGUGUUUUCGUUUGUAUCCAUGCAUUACUUAUUGAUCAAUUAACAUAUUUAAUGCUUAAUGUUAUUUAACGAACGUCCAUAAUUACUUAGUCCAACCUCAAAAUCAAAAUGAGAAUACGGUUUUACUGGUUUACUCAAAUCUGUGUAGAUCAAAAAUGACAAAAAAAAAUUGUGCGUAGCUUGAGUUUUUAUGGCAAGUUAGCAACAAUACAAACAAAAAUUUACAAAUUUUCUAGUCAGUAUUUGUAUUAUUCCGGAUUUCUAGAAAAUAAGAGUGUAUAACAGAAGUUAAAAGAUUCAUUUAGCUAUUCACAUCCUCUAAGGUCCUUUUAAUGUACUUAAUCCUAAGAGGAUUCAAUGGCUAAACGUAUUUAAGCUGCAAUUUGUAUUGAAAAAUGACUGUAUUAGUGAAUGAAGAAAUUAAAGAUCGUUUGGUGCUUUACAGGAUGAAUCAGGGAAAUCUGCCAAACUUUAUAAAAUAGCAAACCAGCCGUCGAUCAACAUGCCAAGAUCAUGCAUACAGUCAACGGAUGGUACCGGCCGAAACUUUGCAUUAUUCAUUCUGAGUUUGGCUUGAGAAAAUACAAAAUGAAAGCGAAAAAAUUAAAGAAAGAACCAGCGUCAGGUUUUAUUUAGAAAGAUAUAAUAGUGUUCCAGAAAAAAAAAGUUAGGAAGAUAUCAAUUGUACAACUUGGCUUUGAAAAGUGGGGAUGACGAUGAUCUGUACGGUGUAUAAAAUAAAUAAAGUAUGGAUCGGUAGAUAAAACUAUAUAAGACCAAGUGGUUAUCUUUUUAUUGUAACUAAUAAUUUGAUAUGUACUUUGUCCCGCGUAUCUUACGCGUUUGGAAAGUCUUCAAACGUGGUUUGAUUGCUCCGCUUAUCGCGUUGUCCCCACGACUCCAUAAACUCCAUCUUAAUCAAAGUCUUGUGAUUAUAAUAAUACUAACGUUCAUUGUCACCGUUUCAAAACAAAUAAAAUUGUGGGUGUUUUUUAUUAUGUAAUUUGGAAUCUUGAUUUUGUUGUUAUUGUGGUGUUUGCAAAAAUGGAAUAAAUCUAUUAAGUAAAAUAUGGAAUUGAAAAUUUUACUGUUUGGCAUGCAUGUAAAUACAAUAUUUUCAAAAAAUUAAUCAACUAUGGUUAUUGACUAAAUUUUCAACACUUGAACUAAUAUUACGAAAUACUAUAAAUCAAAACUCUAUAAUUAAUACAAUCAAUAUACAUCGACUGAAUUGCCAUACAGUUUUUAAACAUAUUAUCACUUUAAAUAAAUUUUCCAAAACAAAAUACAGAAAAUACUCCACCAAAAACGUAAUAUAAUAUGAGAUAUGGCUCCGAUUGGUGACAUGUUGUAUUAGAGUUGAUUUAUAAUAAAAGUUACAAUUCGAUGUAACUCGCAGUAAAAAUUAUGUGGUAGAAACUGUAAAUUUAUGUAGUGAAUUCACUGUCAAAAUAUGAGUUACUAAUUUUUAAAAAUAACUGACUGGUAACAUUUUUGAUGUAUAAAUUGUAGUAGUUUAUUUAAAAUAUAAUUUUAUAAAUGCUAACAAUGAUAACCUUUAUCAUGAAUUUAGUAAACUAGACUGAAAGUAUAAAAUAUAUAAUAAAAAUUAAAUAAAUAUACUUAAACAUGUAUAUAUAUACACAUUAUAGCAAAGGCAACUGAGCAAAGGUAUUUAUAUAUUCACGUAAUUUCAUAUAUAAAAUUUCUAGUUACUAAACAUAGUUAACAGUUAAAAUUAAUGAAAUAAUUUUGUUUGAAUAAUAAUCCAAAUCAAAUAAGAAAAUUUAUAAAAAUCUUUGACUAACUAAUAAAUACUUACAUGAUUUUAUUUUUUGAAAAUGGUUUAGUGACUCAAGGAAAGUAAACGUGAUAAAUAAUUUCUAUGCAAUUCAAAUAUUAAAGUGUUAAAAAAGUAAAAGUAACCGUAAGGUAAUUGACAGAAAGCAAAAUAACUACUACCUCAACUCUAAUACAUACGAUUUUGGUUGAUGUUGAUUAAGUAUUUGAGUUACCAAUUUUACAAAAGAGAUAACUCAAAAUUGUACCUCAAAUAUAACACACUAUAACUCAAACAUAAACUCAAAAAAUAAAAAACAAAUCAUGAUUGGUGACAUUUUUGAGUUAUAACCACAAAUCAAACUUAAUCAAUAGUAACUCAUGUUACCAAUCAAAGCGAAAUCUUUAAAAAUAUUAAGUUAUCGAUUUGUAAGAGAAUUGCAAGGGAUAUAUCGUAAUUUCCUCGCAAAUUUGCAAAGGAACCAAAUACCACGCAAAUUUGCGACAGAAUUACAAAGAGUUCCUUGCACUUCCCUUGCAAAUCCGUAUACCUUAAACCAAAAACCAUAUACCCCCAAUCAUAAAGUUUGGGGGUUACGUCUUGUAGAAAUCUACCUUCAUGUAAUUAACCUAUAACAAUAUGACACAAAAAUUUAAGUAGAACCCAAUCAUCGAAUCGUUGUUGUUAUGUAUUUUGUUUAACCCUAGAUUGGUUAAAAUGUGAUUUCCUUAUUUACGCACGAAUCCUACUAAUAUACGCUGAUGCAAUGGAAGUCACUUAAAGAUAAGAUUUAUAGAGAUAUUUUGAGAAUGGGACACGUCUCUUUGGUAAAAAUAUCGAUCAAGAGUACGUAAAUGUUAUAACAACAGAAUAAAUAUAUUAUAAGAUGCCUAUUCCAGUUGAGUCAUAAGUAAAAAGUAUGUUAGCGACUUUAUCGCAUAUUUUUUUAGAAAUUUGUUUAUUCGAAUAGAAUGUACUUUGUGUAUACUGUAAAAUCAAGAUACUGGGUCACGAAAAAUAUCAUUAAGCACAAUGAUGAAGUUAUAUAUACAGAACAUUGUCUAACGAAGUUCCAACCAUUUGUCUGAAAUAUAAGUUCUCUUUAAAUAUGACAGAUUAUAAUAUAAUAUCUUGCGGUAACUAGAAAUUUUACACAUAAUAAUAUGCAAUGUGACAACCGUUUGUCCUAGAUAUGGAGCAUUGGAAAUCAUGCAAUCUUUGUGAAUCCAUCAAUUCUACAAACAUGUACAUCGGCAACAAUCCACCUUUUCCAUU